AACGAAACGUCGCCGCACACACAACUCGAUAAUAAGCUAAUAUAAUUUCACGAAAGGAGAACAUAUAUAUUUGCUUAUACUAAAAAAUCUUAUCAUAAAAUACCAUAAUAUGUAAAUAUGAAUUCGCGUAGCAUUAGUGCUCUUGUUUUGAUAUAUCUUGUUCGUGAAGCCAUCGCUGUCCGUUCAAGCAUUGCUGUACCCAGAGGAUUUCUAAUUUAUAGAACGAUUUCGAUUACUCAACGAUCUUGCAAUUGCUUGAUGUCCUUCUCCUGUUCUUGCUGUCAAAAUGUGAUCAUCCGAUAUACGAAAGAGAAGAAGGAUCUAUGCGUGAAUUUCACGUAUCAGCGAAACGGAUUGAAUGUGGAUGUCACGUUGAGUUCGGACACAAUCAGCGCCAGAACAAUCACGAAUUUUAAAGCGUUGCAAUUUUGCGUGCACGUCCCCGGUAGCUUGUUUUCAUCUGCAUGUAUUAACAUGUUGGAGUUGAACCUAUUUCCUACAUCCAUCACGGUUCGCCCUCGUCUGGACAUUUAUGCCACGAAACAACUUUGGCAGAUCAAUUACAACUGUAUAAAUGUAUCAAUGGAGCUACCGAUGAUGCCGGUGAAUAACACGACGAGAAUGGCAGAUAUGACGAAUGAAGAAACGUCCACGGCAGAAAACGAACAAAUGGAACCAUCAAUGGAAUCAUCAAUGACGUCGGGAGAAACGAUGACUACGCAAACGUCGGAAGCAAAUGGAAUGGCAGAACAAUUGAAAGAAAUAACUGAAGUAUCAGAACUUAUUUUGAAAGAAACUGAAUUAUAAAAAAAAGAUUAAUUUAUUAACAAUAAAAGGAAUUUAUCACACAACUAAAUUAUCAUAAUUAAAUGACAAUUUCAAUCAAUUCGAUGGUCAGAGGCCGAUUUAAACAGUCGUUCAUAUCACGAUCAUUCUAAAUCUAAAUCUUUCCAAGAGAAGUCAAGGAGGAGAUAUCGUUGCCAAUUUUCCUCGAGUGGUCGCGCUUAUGUCGAUAUAUGUAUCGUUUUUUCUUUCUCAUUGAAAAUUACACUUAUUCCGAAACUAAAACUCGUCGCGGCAACUACGAUAUCGCUACUGUUAUCCUUGCUUAUUGAUCGCGUUAUCAAACCUUGGCAGCGAUAAUUAUUGUUGCAAAAUUAAAUUGUUUGUGACUAUUCUCAGAAUAUGUAGUUUUGCAAUCUUUUAGAUAAUUGUAAGUAGAUUACAUUUUCCGAAUGAGAGCUCUGGAAAAUUUCAUCUGUUUGAAAUUGCAAAUGUUGUUUCUGUGAUGUGAAUUGUAUAUAAGAAACUCUUUGUGUGUGUGAGAUGUGUUUUUCGAUAGACUUUUCAAAAACUGUUUCAAAAAUUUA